UGGCUUCUCAGGGGCGGGGCUGCUGCAGAGCAUCUCCGCGAACCCGGCCGGAACUGGAGCCGCUCUUUGUUUGGCUUGCUGCCUCCUAGACCCUCCGGCGCCUGGGUCCAUUCCUCCCGCCUCUCUGCUCUCUCCUCCUGCUUGCCCCCUUCAUCCGGGCCUGCAAUUCCCUUCCCUAACCUCUUCGUUCCAGAUCCUGCCCUCACAUUUCUGGUCAGCGCCCUUGCCUGGCACCCCUCUCUCCACCCUCCCUCCUGCAUCUUCUUCCCUCGGGUCCCCUCUCGGGUCUUCUUUUUCCCAAGGUCUGGGUCGCUCCGCCCUCCGCCCCCCGCCCCAGGCCGGGGAUGUGCCCUGCAGCCCCGCGCCCAUGGUCCUGACGAUACUGUUCUCUGCCUACAAGUUGUGCCGCUUCUUCGCCAUGUCCAGCCCAAGACCAGGCGCUGAGCGGCUAGCGGUGCCCGGGCCGGACGGGGGCGGCGGCGCCGGCCCGUGGUGGACCGCGGGCGGUCGUGGGCCCCGCGAGGUGUCGCCCGGGGUGGGUGCCGAGGUGCAGGGCGCCCUGGAGCGCGCGCUGCCUGAGCUGCAGCAGGCGCUGUCGGCGCUGAAGCAGGCGGGCGGCGGGCGGGCCGUGGGCGCCGGCCUGGCUGAGGUCUUCCAGCUGGUGGAGGAAGCCUGGCUACUGCCAGCCAUGGGCCGCGAGGUAGCCCAGGGUCUGUGCGACGCCAUCCGCCUGGAGGGCGGCUUGGACCUGCUGCUGAGGCUGCUCCAGGCGCCGGAGCUGGAGACGCGUGUGCAGGCCGCUCGCCUGCUGGAGCAGAUCCUGGUGGCUGAGAACCGGGACCGCGUGGCGCGCAUCGGGCUGGGCGUGAUCCUGAACCUGGCAAAGGAGCGCGAGCCGGUGGAGCUGGCGCGGAGCGUGGCGGGCAUCUUGGAGCACAUGUUCAAGCACUCGGAGGAGACAUGCCAGCGGCUGGUGGCGGCUGGCGGCCUGGACGCGGUGCUGUACUGGUGCCGACGCACGGACCCGGCGCUGCUCCGCCACUGCGCGCUGGCGCUGGCCAACUGCGCUAUGCACGGGGGGCAGGCGGCGCAGCGGCGCAUGGUGGAGAAGCGCGCCGCCGAGUGGCUCUUCCCACUCGCCUUCUCCAAGGAGGACGAGCUGCUGCGACUGCACGCCUGCCUCGCCGUGGCGGUGCUAGCCACCAACAAGGAGGUGGAGCGCGAGGUAGAGCGCUCGGGCACGCUGGCCCUGGUGGAGCCUCUUGUGGCCUCGCUGGACCCCGGCCGCUUCGCGCGCUGCCUGGUGGAUGCCAGUGACACCAGUCAGGGCCGGGGGCCUGACGACCUGCAGCGCCUUGUGCCACUGCUCGACUCGUCGCGCAUGGAGGCGCAGUGCAUCGGGGCUUUCUACCUCUGUGCGGAGGCUGCCAUCAAGAGUCUGCAGGGCAAGACUAAGGUAUUCAGCGACAUAGGCGCCAUCCAGAGCCUGAAACGCCUGGUCUCCUACUCCACUAAUGGCACCACGUCGGCGCUGGCCAAGCGCGCGCUGCGCCUGCUGGGCGAGGAGGUGCCGCGGCCCAUCUUGCCCUGCGUGGCCAGCUGGAAGGAGGCCGAGGUUCAGACGUGGCUUCAGCAGAUCGGCUUCUCCCAGUACUGCGAGAGCUUCCGGGAGCAGCAGGUAGAUGGAGACCUGCUUCUUCGGCUCACGGAGGAAGAACUCCAGACUGACCUGGGCAUGAAGUCUGGCAUUACCCGCAAGAGAUUUUUUAGGGAGCUCACGGAGCUCAAGACCUUCGCGAACUAUGCCACAUGCGACCGCAGUAACCUGGCUGACUGGCUGGGCAGCCUGGACCCGCGCUUCCGCCAGUACACGUACGGCCUGGUCAGCUGCGGCCUGGACCGCUCCCUGCUGCAUCGGGUAUCAGAGCAGCAGCUCCUGGAGGACUGCGGCAUCCGCCUGGGCGUGCACCGCGUCCGCAUCCUCACUGCCGCCAGAGAAAUGCUGCACUCCCCGCUGCCCUGCACCGGCUGCAAGCCCAGUGGGGACAUUCCAGAUGUCUUCAUCAGCUACCGCCGGAACUCAGGCUCCCAGCUGGCCAGCCUCCUGAAGGUGCACCUGCAGCUGCACGGCUUCAGUGUCUUCAUUGAUGUGGAGAAGCUGGAGGCAGGCAAGUUCGAGGACAAGCUCAUCCAGAGUAUCAUGAGUGCCCGCAACUUUGUGCUGGUGCUGUCGGCUGGGGCUCUGGACAAGUGCAUGCAGGACCAUGACUGCAAGGACUGGGUGCACAAGGAGAUCGUGACUGCUUUGAGCUGUGGCAAGAACAUUGUGCCUGUCAUCGAUGGCUUUGAGUGGCCAGAGCCCCACACCCUGCCUGAGGACAUGCAGGCCGUGCUCACCUUCAAUGGCAUCAAGUGGUCCCACGAGUACCAGGAGGCCACCAUUGAGAAGAUCAUCCGUUUCCUGCAGGGCCGCUCCUCCCGCGACUCGUCGGCAGGCUCCGACACCAGUUUGGAGGGUGCUGCACCCAUGGGCCCAACUUAAGCAGUCCCAAGUUCCCAAGCCCUGGCGUGACCCCUGUUUCUAUCAUUCCCCACAAUGGAGCAGCUCCUCGAACUGGCCUCCCUGGGCUGAGACAGCCUGGGCUCUUCUCAGGAAUUGGGCUCAAACCCAAUUUCCUUAGCCCAGGAAAGUGAGGGUGCGACCAACACCCAGGCCCUACCACCAGGUCCUGUCUCAGGCACGGGAGGGUCACUGCUCAGCUCUGGAGACCCUGGAGACUGAGGGUUCGCUGCACACUCCCUUCCUGCCCUGCCAGCCUGUGCAGGGUGAAGGCAGGUGCCCUCCGAUACAGAUUAGUGCAAUGCCCAGCCCUUGAUGCCAAGGCAGAGUCGGAGCCCAGGAGCCAGCCAGGGAUGAGAGUCCAGCCGUGGCUCUCCACCCAGACUGUGCCUGGCCCCUGGGCUCACCACUCCCUGCCGCCCUGUGGCCUUGCCCUGUAACCACUCAGUGUCCUUAGCUGGCCUGGUCCCCUCCCAGCCUUCCAGAUGUGCAGGCUCCUUUGCUACAUCUAUGUCUGGGUCAGGGUCAGGAUGAGCCGGCCCACACUCGCUGGUGGAUGGGAGACCCCUGCUUGGAUCUGGGCAGGGGAGGCUGUGCCUUGAAGGGCAGCUGGCCACCCGACCUGUGCCUUGGUGCUGCGCCCCAGGCCUCUGCCCCAGCCUGGCCCCACGGCCUUCCCCACCCCCUCACUCACCUGCUCAGGGGAGGGGAGGUGAAGCAGCAGCCUGAGCAGAACUGCAGCUGCAGGGGAAGAGGCAAGAUCCUGAAGCAGGGCCAGGGGUGCAUUCGAAUCACCUGGGAAUUCUGCAAAGCGUCCAUUCAGGAGACCCAAGGCGGGGGCCCGAGUUUCAGCAUUUCUCACAAACUCCCAGCUGAGCUGGCGCUCACAAUCAAGAAGUGACAUCUCAGGAGCAAGGGUCUGAGACGCCCAUGUCACCACGUUUGCCAUUUCCCUGACACUGUGCUCCAGGGUCUCUAAUCAUCAGAGCCCCCCUACCUGGUAUUAUCUCCAUCUUACAGACAAGGAACUAAAAGACGUGCCCAGCUUCUCGCCAUUGGUGGCAGCAUCAGGAUGCAGACCCAGCCUCCAGGUGCUCAGUCCACCGCCGCCAGGGGGUGGGACUGCUCUCCUGAGAACCAUCCUGGAGGCUGAAGCCUGGGCAGGGCUGUGGCUCCACAGGCGGCUGGCUUUCCCUUUGUCCCAAAGAAUCUAGCUGUGGGGGACAGGUUUUUAUAACAGAAGGCUGCCCCAGGGCUAUACAGCAAGAACCGAGUAGGAGUGUCGCUCAGCCCCUUCCUCCACCAGGGUAGAACAGCAAGAAAGUAUCCUCCUUCCACAGAAGCCAGGUCCCAGCUCCUGGGCUCAGCUGGCACCUGCCCUGCCUCUCACCUCCCAAGCACAGUGAGUUCACACUUGAAGGCUGGCUCAGCCCCGAGAUGCCUCCUGCAGGUGCUGGCCAGGUCGCCCUGAGCUCUUGGCAGCAGCUGCUGGCUUGGGAAUUCCUACAUUCCAGUCCCUUCCCUGUCUUUAGCCAGUCCUCUGACUGCACCCGACCUCCUUCCUUCAUGCCACACGAACACCCACCAGUGCCAGGCCUUGGAUGCCAUGGUGACGGAGGCAGGCUGGAUAUUGCCCUCCGAGAGCUGAGACAAUAAUAAUAAUAAUAAUAAUAAUAAUAAUAAUAAU